CUUUAUUAUUUGCCUGACUUGUUCCAAGUCAAACACAUAUGGGUUUAUCAGGUUCCUCUCACUCCAAGGUAAAACAAGCCAGAAUCCUAAUACUGGGCUUGGAUGAUGCAGGAAAAUCAACUGUGCUGUAUAAAUUCAAGUUCAAGGAGCCUUUUAUAACUAUUCCAACUGUGGGCUUUAAUGUGGAGAUGAUUCACACGGAGAAGCACUUGCAGUUAACCAUGUGGGAUGUUGGAGGGCAGCAGAAACUCAGAUCCUUUUGGUGCCAUUACUUUGAAAACACAGAUGGACUUGUGUAUGUGGUUGACAGUAAUGACUCCAAACAUCUGGAUGAAUCUAAGAAAGAAUUUCAACAUGUCCUUCAGAAUGAGCUGAUUAAAGAUGUUCCUGUAGUUCUGCUGGCAAAUAAACAGGACCUCCCUGGAGCACUGAAUGCUGAGGAGAUAACACGUAAGUUUAAUAUGAAGAAGUACUGCUCAGACCGUGACUGGUAUGUACAGCCCUGCUGUGCGCAUACAGGACAAGGGCUGGCAGAGGGACUUAGUAAAGUGACUGAGUUUGUGAAGAACUGUAUGAAAUCAAAAGAAGAUUCCUUAACAUGUUCUAAGCAGAAUGUCCGACUCAAGACAUCUCGGAAAGUCUGACCCUGGCAAAGCUUUUGUGGGUAUCUUCAUAAAGACACUAGAAGCAAGCACCUUUUUUUUUCAAGAAAAGUCUUACGCAUGUCUUACUUGAAGAAAAUGAAGAAGGAAAUCUACUAAUAUUUAUUUACAGCUAUAUCAGUUGCUAUUAAAGAAUAUCUUGCUGAGAGACGAUACAGUAUUAAUCCUAUGUUUGUUUUCUUCUACUUGUUAUUUAUUAUCUUUAUUUUGUAAUUGUGCAAAACUUUACUCAGAACUUUUACCUAAUCCUAAGAAAAAUGCAAGAAUAAUGCUGUACAGAGUUCUUUUAUAGGGUGGCAUUAACAACUUAUUAAAAGAAGUAAUGAUAUAACUUAUUACAAAUGUAAUGUUUUUAGUCUGCCGUAAGUAUUAAUGCAGAUGUUUUCCAACUUUUUUUCCUCACUUUUAUUGUCUACCAUCUGAAGGUCAAAACCCAAUUUAACAAUGCUCCCCACUAAAGGUGGAAAGAAUCACUGUUUGGGAACCUUUGUGUCGUACUGUCUGAGACAAUUUUUAGAAUAUCUGGAGGACAAGGCGCAAGGAUCCAAAAUAAUUAGCCUAAAGAUCAGUUGAUCACAUUGCAAUGGGAUUACAGUAUGAUUAUCCAUUCAUUUGUAAAAUAAAGUAUGAAGGAACUCAUAGCAUUCACCACUUGUUGCUGUGCAGUCUCAUUUAUUUAGCCAGUGUUACCACAAUGAAAAUUGCUUUGGAGGGUUUUCUCCUUCCUUUGUCGAGUGGUGCACAUGUAAAGCGCAUAUGGUGCUCCCUAUACAUUUGUCAUUUAUUCUCAGUCUAGUUGGAAACAAUUGAUUGAUAUAAAACACUCAUGCUGUGUGUGAGAUCACUAGGGACUUAAUAACUGUGAUUUGUAGAAGGUCCAUUUUUGAGAAAAAUAAAUGUAUUUUUCAUUCUGCUGUGUUAGUGACAUAUACAUGUUUAUUAAUACUGUUCAUAAGUACAGCUUAAUUUCUAUUUUCUUAACUGACAAUGACAGUAAUACAUGAAAACAAAUGUUAUUUUGUGCACAAAAUUUACUCCAUAUUUACAUUAAUGAAUGUUUGAGAAUGUAUAUAUCUUUUCCCUUAAUUAUUGUAUUCUCCAUAGAACAACAGCUUUUAACUUGUAAACUUCAUUGCUUUGUUGCAUUACAGUUCACAUGAACUAAACAAUAAAAUGCUUGCUUUAUGUGAA